GUUCCUGUUAUCCUGGUCCUAGUAAUAUUUUCAAAAUUUAGCAUUUAUUUACUGCUUCGAGUUAGAAAACAUUUGCCAAAACCCAAUUUUCCAUUUUCUUUGAUGAUAUAGAUGACAUAAGUUACCAUAGCAACCACAAUACAAACAGCCCCCACGAUGUCCGACGGCACCUUUCUGGUGUCUUUAACGGGCCAGAUUGAGUCUGUCGACAUUUUAGCCCCCUCGGGCUCCGCGUGGCACUGCAAGUACGAGUUUGUGACAGGCCCGGACUGGAAAAUAAUCGGGGGGCUCGAGGCCGGCGUGUCCCAAACCUCCAACGUUGUCGUGAACGGAGCUUUAGUAGUGUUCAACCUUCCGAUUGAGAUUAAUUUCAAAUCGACGAAUCUUUACGGAUGGCCCCAAAUUGUGGUUAGUGUGUACCGGGGGGUGCAGCUGGAGGGGUACGGGCGGGCGCACAUGCCGCUGAGGCCGGGGAUGCACCGGGUGGACGUGGCUUUGGGGAAGCCCCAAGCCAGCUCGUUGUUGGGGUACAUGGGGGCGUUUUUCGGGUACCAGCCCGAGUUGUUGCAACCGAAAAUGUUGGCAACUACUGCCGGAAAUCACUUAAUUCAGAUGUUGAGUCAUGGAGAAGUGAGGAUUUCGGUGAAUGUCGUAAUGCAAGGUGUGAGGAGUCUUGGAUAUGAUUUCGGGAGAGGAAAAGACUAAUUUUUGUAACGAUUUGGGUCAAUAAAUAUUUUUUUACGCACA